AGAGCUGCUAGUGUAUAAAUAAAUAAUAAUAAACAACAAGAACUUCAACAUGAAGUGUAACAUUGCGACGUGUCUCCUGGUGCUGAUGCUGGGGUUGGUGAAGGGAGACAUCCUGAACAAUAUCGGGUCUCUCCUGCCGCCCUUCCUGACGGAGAAUUUUGAGGAGCUGGUGAAGACUGCUGAUGCUACGUGUAAAGUCCUUCCCGUGGACGUGCUCUUCCACCGCCCCUUCACCUUCGAGGCUCCUCUCAUCGACUUCGUGGAGUUCACCAAGGACUCCAACAGAACUUACCGCGUCUCCGAAGCCCCCAAGAUCUUCAUGAGGGAACGACCCACCUCCUUAGUUUUAUAUGUCCCUGGUUGGUGGAACACUCCUACCGACGAAUCGAGUAAUACUUUGGUUAAUGCUUUGUUAAAGAAGAUACCUAUGGUUUUGGUUUUGGAUACUAGACUAUCGUUCUGUAGAGGUUAUGUAGAUUCGGCGUCAAGAGUACAACCUUUAGCUCGACUUUUGUACUCGUUUCUGAAGAGUAUUAACAAAAAGGGUUAUAAGCUUGAGAAUGUACAUUUGAUAGGCUUCAGUUUAGGCGCUCAUGUAGCAGGCAUAACAGGAAAGCUAGUACAACAAGGAAUGCUUAAAAACUUAAGUAGAAUAACAGCUUUAGAUCCAGCCAAGCCGUGUAUAACGAAAGACUUUAGACUAGCUAAAAGCGAUGCUAAAUUUGUGCAAGUUUUUCAUACGAGUGCUGGAGUUUUAGGUCUUGAGGAUCCUGUAGGGGAUCUAGAUGUUUAUGUCAAUGGGGUGGAUGUGAAGCAGCCUGAAUGUCAGAAUAGGAAGAUUAGUUUAGAAUGUGAUCAUGCGCAGGCUUGGAAGCUUUUCGCAGCGUCUGUGGUUAACGAGAAAUCAUUUAAAGGGCAGAGGUGUGCUGAUUGGGAAGAUUUGAUGAAAGGAGAGUGUAAAGGGAGCGAGAAACUGAUAGGUUACGGGUGCAGUAGUAGGACUAAGGGAAUGUUUUUGUAUAAAACUGAAGAGCGAGGGGCUCAGAAGAGAGAGGAUGUGGAGAAAGAGGUGAGGGUGUUCAAUCCUGUGGAGAUAUUGACGUCUUGGUUGGGACGAUGAUGGUUAAGUUUAAGUUAGCGUAUUUAGUUUAGUAUUGUCUGUGAUAUUUA